AGCCACUAUUGCGCAACAGUCAGCCGGCAGUGACGUCGCAGACGCCGCCAUAUUGCAAUGUUUCCCUUCUCCUCUUCUUCACUGAGCUCAACAGCAGCCAUCAACUUUCGCUUUACAACUGGAGACAGGGACAACACCACAGACAUGGAGACAGACACUCUUCUGGAAGCUCUUAAAGAUUUUGACAAGAAGGUGAAGAAAGAGUCAUCUUCAGUGUUGGAUCAGUUUUUGUGCCAUAUUGCGAAAACCGGGGAAACGCUGGUGUCCUGGUCUCAGUUUAAAAGCUACUUCAUAUUCAAACUGGAGAAAGUGAUGGAAGAUUUCCAAGCAUCGUCCCCAGAGCAACGUGGGCCUGCCAACCCCAAUGUUGAGUCGGUUCCUUUUGAAGAAAUGAAGGAGAGAAUUCUUAAAAUAGUCCAUGGAUACAACGGGAUCCCAUUCACUAUCCAGCGCUUGUGCGAGCUGCUCACUGAACCUAGGAGGAACUACACAGGAACAGAAAAAUUUCUCAGAGGAGUAGAGAAGAAUGUGAUGGUGGUCAGUUGCAUUUAUCCUACAUCUGAGAAGAAUGGCUGCAGCGGUGUCAACAGAAUGAAUGGAGUCAUGUUGUCAGGGAACACAUCCACCUUUACAGAGAGGAAAGUGAAUGGUCCAGGAACGCCCAGACCAUUAAACAGACAGAAACACUCCAUGUCCAGUUCACUGUCCACAAAUGGCCUUCCGGACAGUACAGAAAACAAGGAGACACACACAGCACAAGGACACAGCAAAUCAGCCAGUGAUGCAUCUGUAUCAGGCAUUGGUGGGCCUCUCAGCAGCUCUGUGAAAAACAAACACUUAGAUGACGAGGAAGAUGAGGGAAUGGAGGCGGAGGAACAUGAAGUGAAGAGGCUGAAAUUUAACCAGGAUGGCAAUGAUGAAGAGGAGGAUGAAGAUGAAGCAGACCAGCAGGUUGUCGAGACACCCAGAUCUACAUCAACUAAUAGCUCCUCAGAUCAGUCAGAGGAUGCCGAAUCACCAUCAUCCAUGUUGCAAGAGGGGAGUGAAGAAGAGGAUGAAAGUAAACCUCAUGAUUCAGCCGGAGGCUCUGAGGACCAAGAGCCUUCCAGCACACAGCCUGAGUGUUCUGUGGCAGAUUCUAGAGAGGCUUUUACUGAGAGAGAGGUUCCCUGUGGCUCUGAUGACUCCUCAGAAGAGCCCAGUGAUAUGGACCAAUCAGAGCAAAGAGCCCCGGUGGGCGUGGACUCUAGCCCUGAGGUGAGAGAAGGGGAGGAGCCAAGCGAGCAGGUCAGCAGCAGUAGCACUGAUGAAAAUGCGUCUGGACCCACAUCCAGCAGCAAUAGAGUAGAGUCACCCACAGAGGGCGACUCUGGGUCAGGGGCCCUGGACUUGGAGAAUGCAGAGGAGGAGCCUAUGGAGCAGGACUAGAAGCCUGCAGAUUCCUAGCCUAAACAAUAACUGCGUGCUUUUGUGGAGAUUAAGAAGACACACACUUAAGUGGUCUUCCACAAAGACAACACACAACCUACCGCCAUGCGCCUUUCGGUCGAGAGUCCACCUAACUUCUCCAACCUUCCCAAACGGACACUUUAUGCAGAUGUACAUAUGAUUUUAUUGCUGAAGUGAAGGUUUUAAACUGUCUUUUGUUUCCCAGUUAUUUCCUUUGAUUUCAUUCAUAUCAUCGGUUUCUGCCAGUCUGUUUUGUCACAGAGCUUAAAGCGGUUUGACUGAAGUUUUUUGGUGUCCAGUCAUCACAUUGUCAACCGUGACAUCAAUAAAUAGCUAAUUAAAGAAAAAUUCAUGAUCAAAUACAAGUUAAACUCUAUUGACGCAGCUGUGGUGUACUUCUGGUUACCACAGGAAAUAAUUCCAACUUGUAGCUCCAUUAGAAAAAGCUAAAGUGGAAGUCACUCGUCAUAGACUUCUAUAAUGUAUUUCAAAGCCAAAAUAUGUUGUUAUCAUAUACAGCAUACCUCAGCUGUUGUUGUUAAAGCUGAACUUGUAUUAAACUAAUAUUUCUUUUAAUAUUUUAGUCUUGUUCAAGGCUUUAGAUCAGCUAGGACGUGUCUUCUCUGCAUUGGUUUAUUAAUAUUUUAGUCACCUAGUGUCAAGCAUCAAGGCAGUGGAGUUUAUCGUCUUGCUCUCUCUGAAGACUCAUAACUGGCUGCUGUUCAGGUUACGUUCCAAGCAAAUACAAGCCAUAGCUAUCUUUGUUCUGUUGAAUGAUUCAAGCCUAGCAUAACAUUGCUUCUUUCUGGUCGUUUGUGUGUAACUGAUGGGAUGUAAAAUCUCCUGUCUCACAUACUACCACCUUCGCUUUUGUAUUCUUGUGCAGUCUGCGCUGCAUUGAAAGUGAGUGGUUUAUGUCAGGUACAUUUACCUCUUGAUUCAAACUGAUUUCAUGAUUCAUGUUAAUUUAUACCAGCAUUUCAAUCUCCUGUUUUAUGAGAAGUUGUUCUCAUUUUUGUUGUUUGUUUUGGCAGGUGAUUGUUGACUGCUCAUACUAGCUCAAUUACAUUUGUGACGGUCCAACCCUGAGUUGUUCCACCGAUAACAGCUGGCUGCCGUUUUGCAGCUGUGUGUUUUCGAUAUUUAGAAUUUUGAAAUUUCUGUAAAGUAGUGUUUUGUAGAGAAUUGUUCACUGCCUUUUGUGCAUCCAUAUAUAAUUGUAUACUUUUUUUCUGUGUAUUACUGAAUGCGUGUGGUUUCAAUACAGUAUUCAGACAAAGCAAUAAAUGUUAUUGUUUUAAA